UUGAAGGAGUACUUCCGGGUCUUAUCACAGUAAAUAAAAAUGAACGCGCCUCCAGCCUUCGAGUCUUUUCUUCUUUUCGAAGGAGAAAAGAAAAUUAGCAUUACCAAAGACACGAAAGUACCGAACGCAUGUUUAUUCACCCUUAACAAGGAGGACCACACUCUGGGAAACAUUAUCCGAGCUCAGCUGUUGAAGGAUCCUCAGGUUCUAUUUGCUGGUUACAAAGUUCCUCAUCCACUGGAACAUAAGAUCGUCAUCAGAGUCCAGACCACACCUGACUACAGUCCACAGGAGGCGUUCACCAAUGCCAUCACUGACCUGAUCAGCGAGUUGUCGCUGCUGGAAGAACGAUUCCGAGUUGCCAUCAAAGACAAACAGGAGGGAAUCGAGUGAUGAAGUGACUCGUGUUUAUUUUGUUGUUGUGUUUUUUUUACCUGUUGCUUACUUGUGUAAAUAAAGUCUGAUGUGGUGAUGUUGA